AUGCAAAAACUCAAAUCACAGAAGGCUUCGACCCUGCUCAAGCAAGCCUCGAAUUUGCUAUUACUCAACAACACGACAAAUAAUGGCAUGAGUAGUCGGAGGGGAACGAUACAAUGUACGGGAAUUAUCAAUGACGUGAUCCGAAAUUAUGGAACAAGUUUUAAACAUCAACAUCGCCAAUAUGGUAACAAGACAUCGGCCCUUGUGAUGGAUCCGAAUUCGGAGAUUCAUAAUUUGUCUUCAUCGUUAUCUUCAUCGAUAAGGCUUUUAAAUCAAUUGGCAACACAACAAAGAGCACAAUAUCAUACAACGAGCGGACUGUUGAAAAAGAAGAAGGAAAAGGUUGAAGAUGAAGAAAAAGAAGAAAAGGAAGAAAAGAACAACAAGGAUGACGACGAAGAUGACACUGGCGAGAAGCAAGAAUCAAAAUCUAGAAAAUUACGUCUUUUGGCCCUAGCUGUCAUGACUGGUUACUUGCUCCUCUAUUUAACUCCUGCAGGUCCAUCACAAUCUCAAAAGUUAAACAAGGAAAUCACCUUCCAAGAUUUUGUGGAUAGAUACCUCGGAAACACAAAUUUGGACCACUUGGAAUAUGAUUUGAGAACCAAUGAAGUCUAUGUCUAUCUUAAAGACCCAUUAUCAAGUGGAAGUUUUGUUUAUUCGGGAGUUGAUAAAAAGGAGAGUAGAGGUACAUCAGCUGACGAUGUUGCAGCCGCAUCUGGUAUUCACGCUCCUGCUGAGAGAAAAGAGCACAAGGGAUCAGUUUGGGGCCCAUCUAGCGAUUUUAAUUAUUAUUUCCAAAUGAUUAAUGUAGAUGCAUUUGAGACAAGACUUCAAGAUGGAGAAAUCGAAAAAGGAAUUCCUCCAUCUAUGAGUCCAAAAAUCAUUUAUACCGGUUCUCUUGAUUGGCAUUCACUUUUGCCAAGUCCUUUCACAUUGUUCUUGGCCGGUAUCUUGUUGUGGUCAUUCACUGCAACUGCUAGAGGAAUGCCUGGCCUUGGAGGAAUUACCAAAACGCCAGAAGCUGUCAAACAAAAGGUGAAAGUGUCAUUCAAUGAUGUGGCCGGUAUGGAAGAAGCCAAGGCAGAAAUUCAAGAAUUUGUCUCAUUCCUUAAAAAGCCAGAGCAUUACAAGAAAUUAGGUGCCAAAAUUCCAAGAGGCGCCAUUCUUAUGGGACCACCAGGUACUGGUAAAACCCUUUUAGCCAAAGCUGUUGCUGGAGAAACUGAUGUUCCAUUCUUUAGCAUGUCAGGCUCAGACUUUGUUGAAAUGUUCGUCGGUGUAGGUCCUGCCAGAGUCCGUAACUUGUUCAAGAAGGCAAGAGAAACUGGUCAAGCCAUCAUCUUUAUCGACGAAAUUGAUGCCAUUGGUAGACCAAGAGGAAACAGCAUGUACGGCGGUGGCAAUGACGAAAGAGAAAACACUCUCAAUCAAUUGUUGGUCGAAAUGGACGGCUUCAACGAGAAUCACAAUGUUAUUGUAUUGGCCUCUACCAACGUAGAUGUCGAAGGAUUGGAUCGAGCAUUGUUGCGUCCUGGAAGAUUUGAUCGACAAAUCACCAUUGACAAACCUGAUCAAAAAGGAAGAGAAUCCAUCUUUAAGGUUCACUUGAGAAAUAUCAAGAAAGCUCCUGGCUUGGAAGAUAACAUUCCUCGUUUGGCCGAAUUGACACCUGGAUUCACAGGAGCCGAUAUUGCCAACGUGUGUAAUGAAGGAGCAAUCUUUGCUGCUCGUGAAGGUAAAAAACAAGUCGAAAUGGAAGACAUGGAACGUGCCAUCGAUCGAGUGAUUGGUGGAAUUGAAAAGAGAACUGCACCAAUUUCACAAAAAGAAAAGAAAGUCAUUGCGUAUCAUGAAGCUGGACAUGCUUUGGUCUCAUGGUUCUGUAAACAUUCAGAUCCAUUGUUGAAAAUUUCCAUUAUUCCAAGAGGUAAAGCACUAGGAUAUGCUCAAUAUGUUCCAAAAGAGCACUACAUUAGAACGAAGGAUCAUUUGAUGGAUUAUAUGGCCCAAGCUUUGGGAGGAAGAGUGGCAGAAAUGUUAAUCUUUCAACAUUUAUCGACUGGAGCACAAGAUGACUUGCAAAAAAUUACAAGAAUGGCCUAUGCAGCAGUGAGUAGUUUUGGUAUGAGUGAAGCUGUUGGACCAGUCUCGUAUCCACUUCCAGGUGAUCAAUCCAUGGCCUUCCAGAAACCAUACAGUGAAGAAACUGCUGAGGUCAUUGAUCAAGAAGUUGCCACAAUUAUUGAAGGUGCUCUGAAACGAACAAAAGAAAUUCUCACAGAAAAGAAGGAGCUUUUGGAAACUGUCGCUCACUACUUGUUGAAACAUGAAACUAUGAAUAUCGAACAAUUCAGAGAAUUGGUUGGACCAUCACCAUUCCCUGAUAAGGAAGAGAAAUUCCGUGAAUUUUUAGAAAAGAAGAGAUUGCAAGAUGAAACUGAGAAGAAGAAUAAGGAAGAAUCAGAAAAACAAAAGUUGGAUUAG